AGCUCCAGAUGGUGCUCAGGAGACCCCAGACCACCAGCACAGGUCCUUGAUAUCUCCUGUCAGCAAAGCCAGCUCACACAAACACUUUGCAAUGUCAAGCAACAUUUCUGAAUGCCACCUCUAUGAAGAAAUGGAACCUUUUACCUAUUUUUACUACUUGAUUUUUCUUACGGGAAUUAUUGGAAGCUGUUUCGCUCUGUGGGCGUUCACACAGAAGGACCAGAAACAGAAAUCUAUGAGCAUCUACUUAAUCAACCUCCUCACUGCAGACUUCUUGUUGACUUUGACAUUGCCAGUGAAGAUUAUUGUUGACCUGGGAAUUGCGUCCUGGAAUCUGAGAAUAUUCCACUGCCAAGUCACGGCCUGCUGCAUCUACCUGAACAUGUAUUUAUCCAUCAUAUUUCUGGGGUUCGUGAGCAUGGAUCGCUGCCUCCAGCUGAUGCACAGCUCUAAGAUCUACCGCAUCCAGGAGCCCGGGUUUGCCAAGACAUUGUGCGCAGUCGUGUGGGUCAUGGUUCUCCUCAUAACCGUACCCAACAUGGCCAUUCCCAUAAAACACAUCGAGGAGAGACCCGGCGUAGCGUGCAUCGAUUUCAAAACAAAGCUCGGGAGAGACUGGCACGUGUUCACCAAUUUCAUCUGCACGGCGAUAUUCCUGAAUUUCUCUGCGGUGAUCCUGAUCUCCAACGUCCUGGUGGCCAGGCAGCUGCGGCGGCACCGGCACGGCCAGGGCGGUGGCCUCGUGCGCCGGGCGCUGUCACACGUGCUGCUGGUGACGGCCACCUACCUGCUGUGCUUCGUGCCCUACCACGCCGUGCGCAUCCCCUACACGCUGAGCCAGGGCAGUGCCAGCGCCAGCUGCGCCCUCAGACGGGCUCUCUUCAAAGCCAAGGAGUCCACGCUGCUGUUUGCCAUCUCAAACCUUUGCUUUGACCCCGUUCUCUAUUACCACCUGUCCCCGUCUUUCCGCAUGAAGUUCACCGAGGCCUUUGCGGCCCCCGGGGAGGUGCAGGGGCUGGCAGCCGUGGAGGAGCAGCACAGCAGCGAGCAGCAGAGCUGCAGCCCUGCCUGCCAAACACGGGAGCAGAGCGUGCCCACCUGCAGCACCAACAGCUGCUGGGGGCCUGCACAGCUGGGCACUGCUGCCAGUGCUCCUGAGGAGCCCUGA